AUGGAUAGAAGAGGAUGUAGUAUUGGCAAUAUUGGCAAAAUGUGUCUUUACUUAUCAAUCACGUUGCUGCUUUUGUCUUGUGAUGAGACUGAGAACUCGUUCGUCUCGGCUCUACCAGCUGAGGAGAGGUAUCAAGCGAAAAGAACAGGCACACCAAGAAAAAAUGGAGUGAGAAGAAUGAUGAUAAUAGUAGCGCCUGCGGCACCACAACAUGCUGGUUGGGUAAACAGAAGCCGUUCACGUCGUGGUCGUGGUCCAUGAACUACCGAUUGCAUCAUUUUACAACUAUGCUGAAUGUUUUAAUCUCCUACAACUAGCG